AUGGCAGAUGACAUUAGUUGUCAACAGCUGGACAGUGAUGGGUCAGAAAAGAGUGAAGAAACAGAGAUUAUUGUCAAUGUCGGCGGGGUAAGGCAGGUGAUGUAUGGAGAACAUCUCAACCAGUAUCCAGGCACAAGAUUAGCAGAGCUUGUGAAUUGUUUAUCAGGGGGAUACGACACUAUUUUCUCACUUUGUGAUGACUAUGAUCCUGCAAAAAGAGAAUUUUACUUCGACAGAGAUCCGGAUGCUUUUAAAUGCAUAAUUGAUGUAUAUUAUUUUGGAGAAGUUCACAUGAAGAAAGGAAUAUGUCCUAUUUGUUUCAAGAAUGAAAUGGAAUUUUGGAAAGUGGAUCUCAAAUUCCUGGAUGACUGCUGCAAAACUCAUCUUAGUGAAAAAAAGGAAGAGCUAGAAGAGAUUGCCCGCAGGGUCCAGUUGAUCUUGGAUGAUUUGGGAGUGGACACCUCUGAAAACCGCUGGAAAAAAUGCCAAAAACACAUUUGGAAAUUUAUGGAAAAACCAGAAUCUUCCUACCCAGCUAGAGUAAUAGCAGUCAUGUCUUUUCUACUCAUCUUAACUUCAUCUGUAGUGAUGUGUGUGGGGACCAUCCCAGAGCUGCAGGUCGUGGACUCUGAAGGAAAAUCUGUGGAGCAUCCAGUUCUGGAUAAGAUUGAGACAGCUUGCAUAGUCUGGUUUACCCUUGAAUAUAUCCUCAGACUCCUCUCCUCUCCUAAUAAAUUGCAUUUUGCUCUUUCUUUCAUGAACAUCAUUGAUAUAUUUGCAAUAUUUCCCUUCUACGUCAGCCUGAUACUGACCCACUUAGGUGCCAAAUUGAUGGAGUUAACUAAUGUACAGCAAGCCAUACAAGCACUUCGGAUCAUGCGAAUUGCAAGGAUUUUCAAACUGGCACGCCACUCCUCGGGUCUACAGACUUUGACCUACGCUCUUAAAAGAAGCUUUAAGGAACUAGGGCUUCUCCUGAUGUAUUUGGCUGUUGGGAUCUUUGUGUUUUCUGCCCUUGGCUAUACGGUAGAGCAAAGUCACCCCGACACAUUGUUUAAGAGCAUCCCUCAGUCUUUUUGGUGGGCAAUCAUAACCAUGACCACUGUGGGUUAUGGGGACAUCUACCCAAAGACAACACUGGGGAAGCUCAAUGCUGCCAUCAGUUUCCUUUGCGGGGUCAUAGCCAUUGCACUACCAAUCCACCCUAUCAUUAAUAACUUUGUCAGAUACUAUAACAAGCAGAGAGUAUUGGAGACAGCUGCCAAGCAUGAACUGGAACUGAUGGAGCUAAAUGCAGGUGAUAAUAAGAAAGGUGGAAAUCCAAGAGAUGAACCAGCAUAUCUUUUGGAGAAAGAAGAGGAAGAUCCCCAGUGGAGCAGCCACCUCAAAGUCUCCUACAGUGACACCUUCAUUCACCUCCUGUCAGAUGAUAACCAUCACCGAACUAGGCUUCAGAGCUGUAAGUAG